UAAGGACAGCCCUGGGAUUGUGUGUGCUUUGAAUACGAGCCAUAGGUGUGAAAGCAGCCUCAUGUUUUUGCCACAGUGUCAACAGUGACAGAAGUGAGAUGUGUCAGUGAAAGACUUUUAAAUCUAAACACUCACCCUCCUGUGAACUUUACUCGCCCACACCUCUGAUGCUGUGAAACUUGUAGCUUCCUCACUAGUUCAGUGAAUCAUGAACUUGAAACCAGAAGAGGUUUUCAGCAUUCACACUCAGUCCACACUGCAGAGCGGACCCUCCUGAGGGAACAUUUGGCAUCCUGGUGAGCGAUGGAGGACAUCUACAUCAAUGUUGACUAUGAGAAACCUGACGACAAGAGAUGUUCAACAUAUCAGACAGGUCCGAGGAGCUCACAGAGGAGAUUUCACGGAGCUGUUGUUUUGUUUCUGGCACUGCUGAGUGUUCUCCUGCUGGCUACGCUCAUCGGCCUCAGCGUCCACUGCCACAUCUCAGCUUGUAAUUCAUCUGCAGAGUGCUCCACCAUCAGAGCCAAUCUUACCGAGCAUCUGUCCGUCCUGACUGAACAGAGAGACCUGCUGAACACCAGCCUCGCUGAAAUGACUAAAGAGCUUCAGUGUUUGAAGAAAACGUGUCCUUCUGGAUGGAAGAUGUUCAGUUGUUCCUGUUAUCUCUUCUCCACUCAGAAAAAGUCCUGGGAAGAAAGCAGAGAAAGCUGCAGAGCCGAAGGAGCAGAUCUGGUGGUCAUAGAAAGUUUUGAAGAACAGGAAUUCCUGACUGACAACAUCAAGGAUAACUCUUGGAUUGGUUUGAGUGACAGAGACAAUGAGGGGGCCUGGAAAUGGACGGAUGACACUCCACUGACUCAGAAGUUCUGGAGGCAUGAGCAGCCUGAUAACGGUGGAGGAGAUCCACAAUGGGGGGAGGAAGACUGUGUGCAUAUCAGAUCGAAUUCAAAAACAGAUGAAAACUGGAAUGAUCUGAAAUGUGAUAACUCCAUGCUGUGGAUCUGUGAGAAAUAGUGCAGGGGGAAGAAGAAGGACUGAGGUGCUAUUUAAAGAGUUAAAAUAUAGAAAUGUUUUGUCAAAUCUUAAAGCCCUGAGUAAAGUUAUCUCUGGUGUGAUCUUCACACGCACUGUGUCAUCAGCAUAAUAAGAUCACACGGUCAGCGUUUCUCCAGGGUGUGACCGCUGGGAGAAGUUCUCACAUUGAAACCAAACAUAAAGUAGCAACACCAAGUCAAAGGGACAGUUUGGGUUUUUAUGAAGCAGAGAUGUUUGAGAUACUUGUGAAUAAUAAGUUCACCAUGCACAGAAGGUCACAGUCAGCAUGGUCUUGGUUUGGAGAAGCUGGCUGGAGUCGGGUCAAGGUCAGGAGAAACACCAACUUUAGUGAUUAAACACAGUCCUUCAUGUAGAACUGCCUUUCAGAUGAAGUGUACGCUUAAUUCAUGGAUAUCUUCACUGCUUCAUUGUGACAUUACACACCCUUUGCCUUUAACACUGUUUCUACUCAACAAUAAAACAGCCCUGUAUACCUA